AUGGUUGCGCAAGCACAAAAGAGUCAGGCCAACCCUACUGUUGCUGAUGUGAAAUGGACCAACAGCAUUGUGGAGUUGGCUAGGAAGUUUCAGGACAAGGGCAUCAAGUUGAAAAGGAUCGAUGAGAGCCAGCUUUGUGUUUUUGGUUUCCACGAUGCGGCUUGGGCCAACGUUUCUCUGGAUCAAGAAAGUCCUGACGACGUCGUUUGGGAUACCGACUGCAAGAAAGCUUCCCAGUUGGCCUCACUUGUGAUGAUUGGCGACCGGAAAUGUCUGGCCAAUCAACCUGGCAACAUUGGGAUUGUGGACUGGCGAAGCAAGUCAUCCUCUAGGAUAUGUCGUUCAACUUUUGCUGGAGAAACGAUGGCGUGCAGUGACGCAAUGGAGUCAGCCAUCUACCUGCGUGGACUUCUUCUGAGCUUUUUGCAUGUUGGGUUGGUAGAUAGCGCGAAAGCGCGUGAAAUGAUUCCACUGCAUCUUUUUACUGAUUGCCGUUCUCUUUAUGACCAUUUACGCAAAGAUGGAGUGCCGAAACCACCGACUGAGAAGCGGCUUGCGCUUGAUUUGGCGGCAAUGAGGAUGGAGCUCAAUGAAGAGGGCAAAGCGCAAUGGAAGUUGCGCUAUGGAGAAAGAGCUGAACUGAGGCCCGAUAGGGCCGAGAUGGGCCCCCACUGCAUGUCCGAGGCCUCUCUGGACAGCAUCCUCUUGGUGGAGGAGAGUUCCCACUGGUUGGAAACCAUGGUGAACCAGCGACCUCACGAGCCCCGGCGCAGCUCCUUUAAGACGGGCAGCACUGGAGGCAGCCAUGAGCCCGAUCCAUCGAUCAACACCGCGAAGGCGGGCCAAGAAGAGCUUGCCAUGCUAGGGCGUCGGAUGCGGGCCCUGUUGCGGCAGUUGAUGUGGCGACAUCUACGGCGUGCGGCCCGGAAGAGGCCUUUCCUGGUGGCCAAACUGGGUCUGCAGGUGGUCGUGGGGACGUUGUUCUCCCGCUUUGUGCAGAAACCAGAUGAAAAGGUGAAAGUGCACUGA